UUUUCGCCGUGGAAUUUGAAGAAAAUUCGGGAGUCACUGGGAACAUUAUGCAGAGUGAUUAUUAAUUCAAGAAGUUUCGUGAAGAGCACUUGGUCCUGUUCAAAUUUAACGACCUGAAAAAUGACGCUGACGAAAAAAGCACUUGACCCAAUAUGCCACCAGAUAGACCAGAUGCAUCAGGUGUGGAAACUGGCAUAGGACUAAGUAGCACGAAAGUUUUCAAUUUUGGAGAAACAGUAUACACAAUGAAAGAAAAAGAAAAUGCAAGUGCUUUUGUUGAAACAAACUCAACUGAUGAACUUUCCAUGUCUGAUAAGUCCAUUGAAAAAAAUAGUCAAUCAGAUGAUGAUCUGACUUCCUUAAGCUGGCUUCAUCAGCAGAAUCUGUUGAAGGGUUUGGAUAUUUCAAACCCCACUAAAGACAUGAAGAAUGAGAAUGUUUUGAAUAACAAUGUUUGUGAUGAUAUGGCAGACUUUUCUGAAAACACUAAUUCUGUAUCCAGUUUGGAUGAAGGUUAUUGUCCAGCAGAUAAUAAUAGCAAGAUAAAUAAUACGACGUCGCAUGGUAAUAGUCAAAACUAUCAACACUCGAAUAAAAAUAGUCAAAAAUCAAUGCAAAUCUUUCAGGAGUCGGUAAAAAAUCAUUAUAGUACCUCGCAAAACAAUCAGACGAAGAUAUCAUUGAACAACAAUAAUCUGCCAGUUUCAAAUCGCAACAAACACCCAACUCAUAUACCAUAUGAUCCUCACUUACAUAGAAACAGUAAACCACCAUAUUCAUUUUCUUGUUUAAUUUUCAUGGCUAUUGAAGAUAGUCCUGUAAAAGCUCUACCAGUCAAGGAAGUAUAUGCUUGGAUUUUGGAUCACUUUCCAUAUUUUAGGAAUGCUCCAACUGGAUGGAAAAAUUCUGUUAGACAUAAUCUAAGCCUAAAUAAGUGCUUUCGUAAAGUAGAGAAAGCACCAAAUUUGGGCAAAGGUUCACUAUGGAUGGUAGACGCUCAGUAUCGUCCAAACCUGAUACAAGCAUUAUCUCGCGCUCCUUUUCCUCCUCCGACUGCUCAAACUUUGUCUUCCCCUGAAAAACCACAAAAAAAGAACACUAGUACACGUUUACCUGAUCCUAUCCUCUUCCCAUAUCUCUCCAAAAGACUGGCAUCGAGCAACAUUACCGACAACACAGACACUGAAGUAGAUAGCGAUGUAGACGCAGCUGCAGCUGCUAUGCUUUCUUUUAAACACGGACCUAUUAUUUUAAAUCAUAAUAAAGAUCGUAAGCGGAAAGUACCGGAAUCCGAGGUUCUGGUUCCUGUAAUUACCAGGAGCUCCAGCGAAGAUCAUACUUACAGUUGUAUUACCUCAGUCAAGCAAGAAAGUAAAUAUCCAAGAAAGGAAACAAAUCCCGAUUUCGAUGAGCAACGGAAGAUAGCGGAAGGCGCGGACGCACUUUUAAAUUUAGCAGGUGUUACCACACCACUCAAUCACAAUAGGACACAUCACGUACAAGGUAUUAACUCGACGCCAAAGUCCGAUGGUACAUCAAAGCUGAAAAAACGUUCAGCUUCGAAUGAUUAUUCGAACACACCUGAAAAAAGACGUAAGCAUUGGCCAAAGUGGAGUGAAGGGAAGCGGUAUUUAAAGCAAAUUAUAUAAGAAUGCUUUGGUUGUAUGUACGUAUAUAGCAUCACAAGUUUCCUAUUUUUCUUUUCCAUAUUCAAACGUGAACUUUUCAAAAUUCUAUCUUCGGUAUGGAUUUUGAGACUGUGGAUUUAAAAUCUUGCGUUGCUGAUAAUUAAUCUGUUGUCUUUUGGAUAAGAUUAACGUUAAUGAAGAUUUGCAUCGAAGUUAUUGCCAUUGUUAGGCAUCUAAAAUGAAAAAGUGAGAAGAACACAAUAUGUUCUGUCAUAUUAGAAGAAAAAAAUUUAUCAGGUGCAUUUCUAUUUAAAAGAAGAAAAAAGUGUUGAGACAAAGGGACGGGAGUAAAAGAAAAGAAAACAAAUUGGCGGUCGCUCAGGGUUCAGAACUCGCUAUAUGCCAAAAUGAAUUCAGUAGCACUAAGCAACAAGCAAUAAUAGAAGAAUAGUGUUAAAAGAAAGAAAAAAAUUACUUUCUCAACGUUAAGGCAUGGAUACAACUAUAAGUAAGUGGUUCAUGGAACAUCAAUGACGAAAAAGGAGAACAAUAUCGCGUACUAAAACUAAAAUAACGAUAAACUUUUUAGACCUGUUGUGACAAUUAUACAUAUUAAUUCAUAGAGAGUUUAAUUAAUGAUAAUAGAGUUCUAUAUUAGGUUUUUUGUAGAUAUGUAUAGAAAUAUAAUUGAUAUCUAUUCGAUAGAGAAAUUGAUAAUAUAUUUAAAAAAAGAUUAUAUAUAUAUACACACAUAUAUAUAUAUAUAUAUAUAGAUGCGCACGCGCGCGUACCCACACAUACAUACAAACAUACACACACUCACUCUCACGCACAUAUAUACAUGUACACAUGUUCAUGCUCACAUGCUCAUUAAUUUACACUUAAAAUACAUCUGGUCAUGUACGCAGCUGUAUGUGUGCAAAAUGUGUGCCGCGGAAAACUAUAUAACAAAAAGAACUCUAAAAAAAGAAGUCAAGGUACACUGAAUACGGAUUUGAAAUGAAUAAUAUUAUCAUUUCAUGCCUUUUUCUACUCUCUUUGUGGCUUUUGAGAUGAUUUUGAACAGUGCUGUAUAUAUGUAGAUCCUGUAAUGUAUGCAGAGACCAGUUUUAAAAAAAAUUUGUUAAGGCAUCGAUAUAUAUACGUAUAUAUAUGUGUAUAUAUAUAUAUAUAUAUAUAUAUAUAUAUAUAUAUAUAUAUAUAUGUAUAUAUAUGUAUAUAUAUGUAUAUAUAGCGUCGAAUUGAUAAAUAUCGAUUGGAAGAAAUGUAUAAAGGUAUAAACCAAGAGUGUCAUCCUAUUUUUAUAAAAAAAUAAAAUAAAAAACAAAUAUAUGUAUAAUAUUAAGGAAUCUUGUGAAUACCUGAUAAAUAAUGAAGAUGUAUAUGGCGGUGAAAGAAAAAUAUUGAAUAUGGAUAAACUGGUCUUGUAUACAUUGAUAUCGUAGUUCUGUAUAGAGAGAACGUAUAUUUUUACAGGGCACUGCCCGCGUGAUAAAAGCUCUUCCUAAUAAUUGCUAAAAAAGGAUAUGAAAGAAAUACAGUUCAUUAGCUUAAACCAUUUAUUAAUUAUAUCUUGCGUGACACUACAAACACAGCAUGGUAGCGCAGCCUGAGUAUUUCCAUAUGUUUAUAUGCCAUAUAUAAUGUAAAGCCUUCGUUAAAAAUGGUAAAAUAUGAAAUGCAUAGUCUUGAUUUUAAAUAAUAAAAAAAAGACAAGACAAUAGCAAGCAAAAACAAGCUCAUAGAGAAAAAAAUGAUCUUGGUUACCAAUUAAAAAGUGGCGAAAUUUUGUUCCAUCGGAGACGUUUCUAGUCUUACGAUUAUACUAUGUAAAAAUGGAAUGAUAUCAGUUAUUAGGUUGAUAAUGAUAUUUAAGCGUCACAAUUGCGAUUAACAGUAAAUUGUUAUUUGUAAUAUAUGUUACUGCUGGCUCAGAUACAUUUCAGACGCGAGACUCAUUAUUAUCGCUUCUUAAGAAGGUGCAAUUUAGUUUAACUUAUUAACGAUAUAUUGUUUAUUCUCUAACGUUUACUGUCUAGUUACUCUCCAAGUCGAUGGGGUCAGUCAGUAAAGUUAUUACACUUAAAAAUAUUACGCUAAACUGUUAGAUGUUAUUAAUGUAAAGAACAGACAGCGGUGGGAAGGAAACUAAUUAAUUUUAGCAUCACAAAAGCGGAUUAAAGAUACUAUAAAUUUAAAAAGAAAAAACAAAUGGGCAAAUAUCGAAUAUAAGGCGCGCUGCCAAAACGUUUUGUGUGAUUGUAGCUGGUCAGCUACAAAGGGGAAAAAAAUCCAAGAUUGAAAGAAGGGUGCAAGGAAGAAUGCCAUGUUUAUACGCAAUCGGGGAAACCAGUUUUGAGAGAAAUAUUAUGUAUAUUUCAUGUGAAUGUAAAAUUGUUCUAUUUAGCACAUACGUAUUUAUACACUACACAUAUUACAUAAAUAUAUGUAAUAUAAAUGCUUUUAAAUUAAAUAUGCUUUAAAAGCAAAAAGCAAGUACGUGAUCGGUAGCGGGGACCUUUUUUCGAAAUUUGUAUAUGCACGAGCAAGACCAGUUUUUUGUAGACUUUACGUUUUCUAUUGUCUGUGAUAUUAUUGCAAAAGUGGACACACCUUGUUGUUGUUGUUGUUAAUUAUAUUUUGGUGAAACAGAAGUUUUAGAGCUUUAUAAGUUUUAUUCUUUAGGGGCAGAGGGGAAGAGAGAAAGAGAGGAAAUAAGAAAAGAAAGAGUAAGUGUUCUUGACACUUCUCUGAUAUUAUUAAUUGGCAUUCUUGCUGACACCUAAACAUUCUGAUCUAGAUAGACGAAACUGGCAUCUUUAAAAUUAGCAAUAUAUUAUAGAUAUUCUAUUAUAUAUAUAUUGAAAGUAAUAUCACAAGUUUUCACACUAUUUGUUGAAAUUUUUAGUCCUAGCUUUUGUUUGCUAUGACUGAAGAUCUGUUCUUCCAUGUAGUUUAUUCUAAUCUAAAUAAAUUAUGGGGUGGGAUGCCAUUUAUAAUAAUAGUAACGUAGCUAAUCGAUCACCGUUACAAAUUAGAAUAAUCGAUUAGCAAAGUGAACAUAAAGCAAUAUAUACCAGUUGAUCCUGACAUUGGGCAGAAUACUCGUUAGUCAGCCGGUCCGUACAAAAUGAAAACGAUAUACCUUCAUCUACUACGAUACAAGUCAAUGUUACAUCGCGCGUUUGUAUAGAGAGAAAUAAGUAUAAAAAAAUUGUAAAACUCUAAUCGUACAAGAUGGUUAACUUAUAGAGUAUUUUUUAUGAAGUAUUAUUGUAGCGUAUAUUGCGAUAUAAAAUCAUCAUUUCUGUGAGCCAGCGUAAUUCUUAAAGGCAUAUAAAUUAUUAUUUAACGUAACAUUAAAAUCGUCGUUGUUUCCUAUAUCAAAUGGGGCCGGCUGAUAUACAUAAAAUUAAAACACCAUCGACAACACCUAAAAAUAAAAAAGAGAAAAAAGAAAAGAAACAUCAAAUAUAAGAAGCAAAUCAUAAUAAUUCAUUGCAUCGCGACUAGCCACGGACAAUCAAAAUGUAAUAUGGUGUUUAAUUUGCUUCCAUUACAUGACAUCGUGCCAAACGCAGAAAUCAUUUAUUUUGAGGAACAGAUGUUUAUUUAUAUGUAUAUCUACAAGUUGUAUAUUGUACGAAUUUUGUUGGCGUAAUAUGUAAUAUUAUUAUUAUUAUUAUUAUUAUUAUUAUUAUUAUUAUUAUUAUUAUUAUUAUUAAUAUUAUUAAUAUUAAUAUUAAUAUAAUUAUUACUCAUUUUAAAUCGGAAUACAUUGUAAAAUGUUUGUUAAGUUUUUGACCUUGCUUACAUAAUUGAGUAAAGAAUAUUUAAUAUUUUAGAUUGUAACCAAAACAGACCUUUAUUAAUGAAAAGAAUGUGAAAAAAUCAAACGUGCGCAGAAUUGGUUAUUUAAAUUUGCAUCCUUUUCAAUGACAUGCUACGACAUGCAACUACCUAUAUAUAUAAUCAUGAAAGAAAUUAUUAAUCGUAAAAAAAGUGUAAGAAAGAAGAAGACAAAGAUCAAUUGUUGUUAAUUAAUGUUACUUUGAAUACAAUAUAUUAAUAUAUAUUUCUAUA